CUAGAGAAGUUCUCUCCCACAAGGUCAUUUACCUAAAUAUCCCUUUUCCAUACAUACCCAACAAAAAAUCCUAGAGCCAACAAAUCAGGGGUAUCUUUGAGUUCGUCACUCUCUUCCCUCUUCUUUAUACAGACCUUUAUUUCUUCAGAUCUCCAUAACCGUUGCAACAGUGAUUUAGACACUUUUGACGAGCUGUAGUUGCUUCUGAAUCUAAUCGGUGUCUGGGUUUUCAAGUCAAUGGUUGAAUCUUUAGUCUUAAAGAAAAUUAAUCGUUUUGAAGUUCUUAACUUUGAUCGUUUGGGUUCGAUUUGAUUAUGUUAUGGAGAGUAUCUAGAAGUGUUUGUGCUUUCUUUUUGGUAUUGUUAGCCUGUGAAUGUGAGCUUUAGCAUCUUUUGAAGCCUUGAUCUGAACUGUAGAAGUGGAUCUAAUCUAGUGGGUCGAACUUAGACUUGAAAAUUGCGGGGUUGGCGAUAUUAUAAUGGAGACGCUUGUUGUUGUAGCACAGCAUAGGAAUCAGUAUUGCAGCCGGGUUAAGUCACAAGGGCCUGUGCGGUAUGGUUCAUCACCGUCCAGAUGCUUUGGUGGGAUCAAUUGCCGUAGUUUCCAAUCUGCGGCUGGUAUACUUCCAUCCCCAUGGAUGGCUAACUGUAGUCCUGGAUCCAAAGAGGCUUGUUCUCCGAAAACACCUUCACCUUGUGUUAAUUCAGGCUCUGAGAGCAAAAUGCGCAGUAGAAUAACUGUAAAAAGUGCUCCAAUUGCUAUUGAUGCUAGAGUUUCCAACAAGAAGAAAUACUUUAGCGAAGAAGCUGAUGAAAGCUUUUCUUUUUCUGAGCUUUGGGCUGGACCUGCCUACUCAAACUCACCACCCCCAAGCUCUUUACCUAUUCCAAAGUUCUCUAUCCAACCAAAGAGAACUGUUUCUUUAGAAUUGCCUGGCUCCUCUCCUGAUUAUGAUAUGCACCCAAUUGCCAAGUCGGCGCCUGCCUCCCCGACUAGAGAGCAUAGCCCUUUUACCAGAGAUAUCUUCCAUGGUGCUGACUCUGCGACUGAAACCCUGCGUCGCAUUCUUAAUCUUGACAUCCAUGAUGAAUGAAUGAGGGGCAUCAGGCUCUUGUAAAUAAGUCUCUGCAAACUAUGUUAGUUUUAGAUUGUAUAUAGAGUGAAUAAAUUGGUUGGUAGCAUGUCACUUUUUGAGUUUAUACAUAACGAUUCCAUGGUUCAAGUGGUCAGAGAUCUCAGGUGGCUGGUUGGAGUUGGUGGAUGUGGAGUUGGUUUUAAGAUGGUGGAAUGUUUUGUUUAGCAAAUGAUGAUCGUUCAGAUACACAAUCUAAUGAGGCAUAGGCAAAUUGAGAGGGGAAAAUGCUUUUGAAGCCAAUGGUUUCCUACAAUCUAACUCAGGAUACUAUCUUUCUAUUUGACAGUUCAAGCUUAGCCCCCUCAUUUCUUACUUUUGCUAGUUUUAACUAAACAAUCUUUUAUAUCAAAGUUUAAAACUUUAGUUUUAGUUACAAUGUAUAUUAUUUUGAUUGUACCUUCCUUUGCUGAUUACUCAUACAGAAUUUUGAUAGGUUUCCUUUCCUGCUCUGCAUCUUCCUUUUUUUUUCCUCCGUAUAGUAAUGGCCUGACAUUACUUACUCUCGUUGUGUCUAUUCCAAUUGUCUUCUUAUAUCACCUGUUCGAUUUUGCACUCUUCGCUGGUCUUCCUUUCAUUAAUCAUGUUCGUUCCUGAUCAUUCUUCCAUACUCGUCCUGUAUUUCUCUCCUUCAGUUUAUAACAGUCUGACUUUGUUUGCUACACUCUACUAGGUUGUCUUUCCCUUUCACCAUAUUUUCUGGUUUUUGAGAUAGAAAAGUGGGAAGGGUAAAGAUUGAUACUUCUGCUUUCUUAGUUUGUAGGGUCACUCAAUAUUUUUUUUAUCCUCUGUCUACCUGGAAGCCCCUAGUUCUUGCUCUUUGCUAAGCAAGUAGGUAAAGCUACAUUCCUCCUCUUCCUUGUCGGACCUUUAUUCCUAGGAGAUCAUUGAUCUUGCCAAGCUGUUUACAAGGGUAUUAGUUGAAGAAGUAUUGAGGAGGCUGUUUCAUGUGAUAUGUUCAAAGCGUUUUAGCUCAUUUUAUGUUGUAAUUCCCCUUGAAGGAGCCAGAUGCUGGUCUCGUGUAUUGUCACUCGUGACAUGUUUAUGAAUGUAAAAUGUCCAUGUCUUACUUUUGUUGUACAAGGAACCAAGUGUUAUGUUCGGUCUUGGUAUCAAUGUGUAGGAGUGUUUAUCACAUAGGUAUGCCAACGGUUUUAGCUAUCAACCUCUGAUCUUAUCUUUGAACAUUAAAGUCCGACUUUGUGCUCUUACUAGAAAGUAGUUUUUAUUUUUUGACUUUUAUUACAAGUAAUGCAAUCGUUGUUUCCUUUAA